AAGGCAGAGAAGUAGGUUGUUUCUUGGAAGUGGAGACUGACAAUGAUAAUAAUGUGAAUUACUUUGAAAUAAUGGAAUUAUAUGAAAGAAAUGAUGUUGAAGAUUCAAUUACAUUUGAAGGAUUAACAUUUUUGGCUGGUUAUGUAGCAUUUCGAGCAUGCAUUUUUCCUGUAAAAAUCAAAUUUGAUAUAUAUUGCACCUUUCGCCUUUCUUACGGCUUCAGUGGCUUGGGAUGUGCAGAUCUUCAGCUACUCAUUGAAAUGGAAAGCAAUCUCAUACAGAAGUUA